GGGAUUGCUUUUUUUUUUUUAAUUAUCUGAAUAUUUUUUCCAUCCCUGGUGUUGAUUUAACUUUAUUUUGGUUUAAUGGGAUGUAUUGACGACGGAAGUACCCAGUAAACUGGCAACUUCAUACAUAUUUUAUAUAAAAUAUAUAUUUACAGUAGGGGAGAACGGGGUAAUGUGAGACAUUGGGUAAUGUGAGACACCCCCUGUAUCUAGGCAACGGGACACAUUUGUGGUCAUGUGACCAUUAUGUUUUCAAGCCCCUCCCAUUUCCCCUUGGCCAUGAAGGAGAGAACCUCCUGGUGCUGUGGGUUUUGAAUAAAGUGAGGAGAAAAAAAAGCUGGAGUCUCUUGACUUGUUGGUCCUUUAUACGGACACAGGGGGCAGCAGUGAGCUUACGGUUCGGCGCAGCUGCACGACACGAGGAAGACACCAGUGUCUCCAAGACACACUGAGGAAUGCUGCACAUCGGUGAUUAUGGAGGGGAAUGAGAUUGAGAUGAGCACCGUGGAGCUCAAAAAGUGGAUCAGAGAGAAGGUAAAGAAGACCAAUCUGACAUCCUCAGAUGUGCUAGAGAAAUUCAACCUGCUGCAAUCUCUGCUGAAGAGGAAGGAGGAACAGGCUGCCCACCUCCUGAGGCUCUGCCAGUCUGUGUCAGCAUGUGAAGCGAUUGUGAAGAAGCAAUACUCUUUGCUGGGUUGGGAAUACAGAGACACUGAUUCUGAUGAUGAACAUAAUAUAACGGGCUGUGGAAAUACCGUUCCCAGCUCUCCAACUACUAAUGGCCUUACUUCUUCGUUAGCAAAGCUACAUGACAGUGAUAAUCUCCAUGGAAUUAAUGGCAAACAAUGCUAUAUCAGUCUAAAGAGAGAACCGGUUGUGGUUUUGACCAGGCUUUCUACAUAUAAGAUCAGAUCUUUUUGUUCUCCGACGCCUGAGAAUCACAACCGUGAAAAUUCGGAUUCUGAUAAACAGUGGGAACCAGAAGUUGGCUCAAGUGAUGCAGAUAGUUUUGUCUCAAGUAAAAAGACUAGGCCAAAAAAGAGGAGAAAAAUAGAUCAAAAGAAUAAAAAGCAUGCUAAGAGUCAUGCAACACCCCAAGCUAGCACAAAUACUGGAGCCAAAAGUAAGGUUACCAAAACGUCACCACCAACACCCGAAGCAAGUGGCAAUACCGACGCUAAAAGCAACUUAAUGAAAACUCCAACUCCACCACCACCAGCAACCACUAACGGUGGAAGCCCCAUGAACAUAAUAACUCCUCUUUACCAAACCUCUGACAAAGCUACUGAGACCCCUCCUGGAGUGCCACAAGUAGAGCUCAAAGUUAACAUGAGUAUUCUGGCCAGAAAGAGGGCCAUGAAGUGGCAGCUGGGGAAAAUCUUGGAAAAAGUGACAAAGGAAGAUGGUAGGUUGAAAUACAAAAUCGGUUUUGAGGAGAAGGGGAAGAGCCUAGUCUCUGCUCACCACAUGGCCUUUGACUACAUACCAACGGUGGAUCAGCUGUUUGUCGGUGCUCGCGUGGUGGUCAAGUUUCGAGCGCACCAGAGCCAGUUUUGCCCUGGUGUCCUGGGAGAGCUCCCCAGCAGAGAAAACCACUUAAGGUUCCUGGUCUUUAUUGAUGAUCACAAGCCGGUCUAUGUUGGCUUACCUUUACUUCGCCUGGUGUGCCGACCAUUGAAGGACCCUUUGGACGAUAUUGCAGAUGGCUUCCACAAGGAUUUCAUGAAGGGUUAUAUGAAGGCCUGGCCUUACCCGCCACUGUCCCAGUACAUUGUUGGACAGACAAUUAAUGUAGAAUUUAAUGGAGUCAUGCAGAGGUGCGAGGUGCAGAAGGUCGACUGCAGCUUGAUGCAGGUUGUUGUUUCGACAGAUCAACAUAAGGAGUGGCUCUACCGAGGGUCAACAUGCUUGGAACACAUGAUUAAAAUAAGGGAGCUUUUGGAGUUGAAAAACAAUGAGGGGCAGGAGAAUAAAUCUCCUACAGUCGAUGAAUCAUCAAAGUCGACACACUGAUGGGACCGUGAAUGUGUAAGGAGAAGUGGCUGCUCAUUUCCAAGGAGACUCCAUUCAGUGAAACUUGCUCACGAAGAAUACACUUAAAAUGUUUUUCAGGCUUUUUAGGCCCAAAGAGCAUCCACACUUGAGUUUUCCUCUGGCCAAGCCCGGUUGAGAGCAUUUUCAUUAUAGAUUCUCAUUAGAUAUUUACAUUGUAGGUCCCCUGUUAGCCAAUAUGACUGUUUUUUGCAAUUCCAGAGGGGUUGGUAUUAAUACUCAUCUGACUCGUUGCCAACUGUCAAGGGCAAUGCCCCUAUUGUGCCUGAGCAACCAAAAUAAUGCAUUCUUGUGUUAUACGUGUAUUUGUACUGCUAUUUUUGUGUUCUUAAAU